AUGGCCGCCAUGGCCGACAAUGCUUGGUCCAACAUACCGACCGAACUGCUCCGCGCGGAACUCCAACGGCGGCAUGGAGCUGGAGGCCAAGCGGACGAGACUGAACGACCGGAAUGCGGCUCGCGAGAUCGGGGACACUAUGAUGUCCCCGCGCAUGUGGCCGCCUUGUUCCUCAUUCUUGCAUUGAGCACUCUUUGCUGCGCGCUGCCUUUACUAUCACGACGAUCGACGAGUGGCCGGAAACGAUCGAGCAUCAUAUUCUACUGUCAGCACCUGGGCUCAGGGGUCCUUCUGGCGACGGCCUUUGUCCAUCUCCUGCCCAUGGCGUUCGAAUCCCUGACCGACCCGUGUCUCCCCUACUUCUUCAGCGAGGGGUACACGCCUUUGCCUGGUUUCGUCGCGAUGGUAUCCGCCAUUGUCGUGACCGGCGUCGAAUCGUUUCUUACCGCCCGCGGUGCUGGGCAUUCGCACACGCAUAGCCACGACUUGUGGGACGGUAGCGACAACGAAAGUACGACGCACAUACCGAUGCAGGAGCCCGUCAGCGGACUCGCCGCAGCGCGCCGAGCCGGCCACCGACCGAACGACCUCUCGCUAGGCGACGAAGAAUCGACACAAGGCUUGGUGGCGGGCGUGUCGCCCCUACCCACCUCGACUCCCAUCGGCCAGCGAGAUGGGACAAAGCCCGAAGAGCAGGACGUCUUCAACGACGACGAGUCGGACCUCAACUUUGAAGCGGACGAGUUGCACCGGCCAUUGCCCUCUGAUCGAAACGAGGAGACCGCGAACCUGACCCGACGGAACCACCAAGUGGACAAGUUGACCACGCCUCAACAGAGCCAGGAAGAGCAAAACCGACAGGUGCUGCAGUGCGUGAUGCUGGAGGCGGGCAUUCUCUUCCACAGCAUCUUCAUUGGCAUGGCCAUAUCCGUGGCGACGGGGCCGGCGUUUGUGGUCUUUUUGAUCGCCAUCAGCUUCCAUCAGUCCUUUGAGGGCCUGGCGCUCGGCAGUCGCAUUGCGGCCAUUCAAUUUCCAAAGGGUUCACUCCGUCCGUGGCUCAUGGUGCUUGCGUAUGGCACGACGACACCCAUAGGCCAAGCCAUAGGCUUGGGGCUCAAUGGCGUGUACGAUCCGGCCAGCGCGCCUGGUCUGCUCUUGGUUGGCUUCAUGAAUGCCAUUUCAGCUGGUCUGUUACUAUACGCUGGCCUGGUCCAGCUGUUGGCGGAGGACUUUCUCUCAGAGAAGAGCUUCAAGACGCUCAAGGGGACGAAGCGCGCCAGGGCUUUUGGCGCCGUCACAUCCAUCGCCUACUUUGGAUUCGUCUCCCGGUCGCCGCUGGCCUAUGAGACGACAACCCCGACACAGCAAUGGGCGGACUCGCCCAUGCGACUUGUACACACGCCUCAGUAUGAGACAAAAAAGACAGACCUUUUCACCACUGGUGCGACGCACAUGGGCCUGCUGCACAACGCCAUCAUCCGUGGGUACAACAGCAUCUAUCUGCAAGCACCCCAUGUCCAAGAGUCCGACAAGGCCGACUUUGUCAACUACGCUCUGACGUGGUACCGCUUCGUCAUGUCGCAUCACGAUGAUGAGGAGCUCAAUCUCUUCAGCAGGGUGGAGGAGAUUCUGAACGACAAGCAGGUGUUUGCCGAGACGCACGACGAGCAUGAAACAUUCCUCGGGGGCCUCGCCGAGUUCAACUUGUAUCUUUCCACCUUGGAGUCUUCAGAUGAUCUGUCGGCGACCAAGCUGCUGGCCAUCAUGGACUCCUUCCAGGAACCCUUUGAGCACCAUUUCCACCACGAGAUUACCACCAUUGCCGCCCUCGCAGGCCAUCCCAAUGCACCGACCCCUGACUCACCUGAUGCAGCAGUCGCCUCCGCUCUGUUCAAGGCGUGGGGCAAGAAGACGGUGUCCAAAGCCGGCAUGUCCGACGUCCUGCCCUUCUUCCUGAUGAACCUGGACGCCACCUUUGAGGACGGCAUGUGGGCCAACUGGCCGCCCAUGCCUGCGCCGAUCCGAUGGGCCGUGACCAAUGUCGUGGGCGCGCUGCAUGGUCCUUGGUGGAGGUUUGCGAGCUGCGACUCGGCCGGGCAGCCUAGGGAGCUGCAUGCUCUGCAGACGAAGAGCGAGAAGACUGAGCUUUGA